AUGGGCCCCUGUACCGCCUCCUCAUGCUGCUGCCAGGCCCGUAAUCUGCCAUGGGCCCCCGUACCGACUCCUCAUGCUGCUGCCAGGCCCGUAAUCUGUCAUGGGCCCCUGUACCGCCUCCUCAUGCUGCUGCCAGGUCCAGAGUGUGUCAUGGGUCCCUGUACGGCCUCCCAUUGCUGCUGUCUCCAUCGCCACACUCUGCCAUGUGCCACUUUCAGGUCUCCUCACACUGCUGGUGGGUUCCAUUUUGUCAUAGGGUGCUGUAUGGCCUCCCAUUGCUGCUGCCUCCACCGCCACACUGUGGCUCCACACUCUGGUUUUAGCCCCGUGACUGCCCAAAUGAGUUAAGUGUGCGGUGAUUCUAGGAUCGACGGCACUCAUCUGCAUGUCAUACUGACUGACAGUAUUAUUUCUCUUCCCCAGCAGACUCCAAGGGCAUUUAAAUUAAAGGUACAGUGUUCUGCACUAAUAUAA